AUGCCUGUUCCCUCUAGCACCGAUAAAAACAUUCACUAUGGCAAAUUUGCUACUACAUCGCGUUUGAUUGCUUGCCUUGUUACUGAAGGUCUUGUCAAAGCCUAUUUGGUGCCAUCCUCUUCCUCUGACGACAUCGUUGGCGCAUGUUUGGUGAUGCGACAAACACCUCACGAUGACAAGUUGUUGGUGGCUGUACCCUUGCGUGGUCUUCCCGAAUUGAACCAAAAGGAGCAUCUAGUCCGCAAUGGUAUCCGGUGUCCAAGAAUUGAGCUCGUGGACCCUUGGGAUAUGGUGCCAUUCAUUUACGCUCCUUCGUCAAAAAAGGAUGCUUCGGCUGCUCCUUUACCAGCACUUCAACCUGCUUCGGGUGCCGCCCUCAAGUCGAUUACCAAUCUUUUGAGCAGCGUCAACGUGUUGUCAUCCGAUAAUACCCUUGUCGAUAACUACGAUGCCGUCCAACUUUGGGAACAAUUUGCUCAAGACUAUGGUGUUGCUACUGAUUUAAUCGAGUUGAUCUCUUCUGAGCUUGCAAGUUCGAUUGAACAUCAAAUUUAUACAUAUGAUCAUCCCAAGCCCCUUCCUACCUUGGAUUCACCAGCUAUUCAUUGGGAGCAAUCGAUUGUGGAAGGCCACGCCACGCAUCCUAUGCACAAGGCUCGUCGCAGCUAUGCUCCUUUGCCACCUUUAAACCCUGGUGAAGUGAAUCUCGAUCGACCCAACAUUCGUCUCUUGUCUAUUCCUCGGUCAUCCAUCCAAUUACGUGGCGAGUUUGAACCCUUGGUCAAGCCACUGGUGGAUGCCAUGCUUGCCAAAAAGGCACCUGAGGCUGGUGCAUGUGGCGAUGACCGUGUCCUGAUACCCGUGCAUGAAUUCCAAAUCCCGAAUGUGCAAGAACGAUUCAAGGAUGCUCAAGUAUUACCAGAGGAAAACAGCGUAGCAGCACAAGCAUUAACAUCCAUUCGCUCGGUGGCUAUCCCUGAUGUCCUCAAGGCUCAUACAAUCAAGCUUUGUGUUGGUAUCAAGGUUUCAUCAGCAUUGCGUACCAUUACACCCUACACUACCUAUUUUGGACCUGGUUUCUCAGCCAACGUGGUGCCUCGACUCUCCUAUGAUCGCAAGAUUCUUACCAUUGAACGUGAACUCGCAAGUGCUGUGUAUCGACAUGAAGAUACUGAUGUUGCCAAACAUUGCAGCUGCGUUGUCAGGGAAACGAUUGAACAUGAAGGUGAAAUUAAUGUCGUUGCUGCUUCCCUGGUUGAAAAGAUCCAAAAGCCUGAUACGGAUGAGACCCUCUCACGACAUGUUUGGGGAUUGGAUACGGAGGAGAAGCGGAUUGCAUUCUUGGAUAGAUACAUUGAAUACGCCCUCAAGGCUUUUGUACCACCUUGCUUAGAAAAUGGAGUCGCAUUUGAAGCUCAUGGACAAAAUACCAUGGUACGAUUUGAUCGCAAGACCGGAGAGCUUAAAGGCUUUGUCAUUCGUGAUUUUGGUGGCGUCAAGGUACACAAUGAGACUCUCAAGAGCACGUGUGGUGUGGAGUUGGAUGUGCUUCCCGAUAGCUGUGUGGUGGCAAAUACCCGUGAAGAGUGCUACAAGCUCUUGUAUCACACUCUCUUCCACUCACAGCUUCAACGUCUUAUCCGUGUUCUUGGAUUACAUCACAAUGGCCGUGGCUGGGACAUGGUGCGAAAACACUUCACUGCGCUGGUGCCAAAGGAUCAUUCCAUGUACGCAUACUUUAUGGAACAAGAUAAGGUACCAGGCAAGUGCCUUGUUCGCAUGAAGAUCCAAGAAUUGUAUCGUGAUUACAUCUAUGAACCUGUUCCAAACAUGAUUUUAAGUCGUCCUCAACAAAUCAUCCAAUAA